AAGGACUUCCAAGAGAGAUGUGGGGAGCUGGACAUCUCUCCAAAGAGCAUCUUGCUUCUUCCUCAUCUUAUUCUCAAUCUGUAGCAAACAACGAAGGCGCCAGGCUACAUCUGGAGGCUCUGAGUAGCAGAAGACCCUUUCAGCAAGCCUUAACCAGGAUACUAGGAGCACAGACAGAGGACUAUCCAAGCAAAGCAGGUCUCGGGCCCCACAGCUUCAGCGCAAGGGAGUAUGUCAAAGAGGCACCGCCUGGAGGCCUCUCCCAGAACAUGCUGCGAAGACGCUUCUGGGAGUCCACCAGGAAACUGCAUAAGAAGCGAGGCAAUCUCUCCGAAUGCUUCUGGAAAUACUGCGUGUGACUGGCUGGGAACCCAACUGCUUCCAGGUGCCCCCCAGUCCUAACACCACAUCCUUGCCCUAUAAUUUAUGAUGCAAUCAAGCAAUAGACUAGAAUCCUGCAUAUAAUUUGUGGAAAUGCACACACGAUGAAAAUAAAGUAAUUCUGAAGAUGGCAAAAAACUUC